CCUAAUUUAGGCAUAAAGCAUAUCCAAGGCAAAAGAAAAAAAAAAGACAUGGAAGUGAUGGUGCAAAAUUCUUCAAGUAUGGAUAAUUUUGAAUUCAUGAGUGGGACAAUGAGUUCACCAUAUUUGAGUGCACCUUCUUCACCAAAACGUUUUGGAGAAUACUACUUGAGUGCACCAACAAGUCCAUCUAGGGUUUCUGAGUUAUAUGCUGAUUUUCAUGAAUACUUCUCUUCCUCUUCCUCUUCAGCAAUGCAUUUUCAACAAGGUAUUACUACUAAUAAUGAAGAUGAUGAUGGCGAUGGCGAAGAUGACGACGAAGGUUUUGCAUUCUUUGUGAGUCGCGAAUCGGAGAAACCUUCUCGUUCGGCCGAGGAACUUUUUGAUGGCGGCAAGAUCAAGCUUUUGGAGCCUAAGGGCAAUGAAUUGUUCAUAAAAACUCAUAAAAAAGAAGAAGAAGAAAAAGAAAGGAACAUAUUAUUCAAAGCUUUUUCAAAAAAAAAGGAGGCUAAUGAGUUUCAUCAAGAAACUCAACAUAGAAGAGGAAGAGACAGAACACCAGCAUCAUCAUCAACAUUGUCUUCAUCAAACUCAGGUAGAAGGAUCACAAGAUCACACUCACCAUAUAGAACACCAUUUCAAGAACAACAACAACAACCACCUUUGACCAACAAACUAGAAUCCUCAUCAAUCUUAGCAUCAUCAUCAUCAUCAUCCUCCAAUAACAACAACAAAGGUGGUUCAUCAUCAAAAAGAUGGAGCAUAAAAGACUUAUUGUUGUUCCGAAGUGCCUCUGAAGGAAGAGCUUCAACCAAGGAUCAAUUCAAGAACAUUCUCUACAACAAGAGUAUUAACAAAACAUCAAGCUUUAGAUCCAUAGAUUCUUCUUCUAGAAAGAAGGGACACGUGUCACCACAUGAGUUGCACUAUGCAAUGAAGAGAGCUGAAUCUGAGGAUAUGAAGAAGAAGACUUACUUGCCAUAUAAGCAUGGCAUUCUUGGAAGAUUAGCUGGGUUUGGACUCUAAAAUAAUUUACCAAAAAAGUUACUCCUAAAGAAUUCAUCUUGUUCUUUCUUUGUAAAAUAGUUGUAUGCUUUUGCGUAAGUUUGUACAAUAACUUUGUAUUAGAUGGAAAAUUUAAAUUAUUAUAAUAAUUGUUCAUUUUUUUAUUAAA